GCGUGGAGAGGAGCAAGCACACGUUGACUCCUGCCUGUUAUACACCUCGCCACUCUCGUCACCGGUGUUGUUUUGCGAGUACCUACGGAAAAGACAUCAGAGAGCAGCCAGGAAGCUGUGAAAUUCGCAGCCAUGGAGGGGUGGCUGGCUGGCUGGCUGCGCCGUCAGGAUCGAGGUAUCUACAAAAACAGCAAAGAAGCGUUCCUGGCGCUGGUUGGAUUCUCCGUCGGGCUGGGCAACUUUUGGCGGUUUCCCACUUCGGCUUUCGAGUUUAAAGGAGCCACGUUCCUGAUAGCGUACAUCAUCUGCCUUUUGAGUAUGGGCCUGCCUCUGCUCAUUCUGGAGAUCUCUCUGGGCCAGUACCACCAACGUGGACCAGCACACAUUUUUUCACGCAUGUGCAGGCCCCUCUCAGGAGUGGGUUGGGCAAUGGUGUUGCAGCUUCUCAUGAUCUCUGUGUAUUACAACGUCAUUCUGAGUUGGAGUCUUUUCUACCUUGGAGGAAGCUUUUUGUCGCCCAUCCCUUGGUCACCCUGCAAAGGAAAAGAGUACGACUGCAUGCAUUAUACAAUGGAAGAUGCGUUUGAAAGUGCCAACCGUUAUUUCAAUGAGAGUAUUGGCGGCUUAUCCACAGAAACUGAGCACCCAUACGAAAUGCACCAUUGGCUAAUGCUGUGCCUGGGUGUGGCGUGGGUGCUCGUGAUUGUGUGUCUGAUCCAGGGAGUCAGACACAGUGGCAAAGUCUUCUACGUGACGGUUUUGUAUCCCUACGUGGUGCUACUGUGUCUCUUCGGCUUGAACUACAAAUACAUCAAGCAAGACGAUUUGCUCAACAACCUAAUCACUGUGGAAGUGGAAAGCCUCAAAGAGCUGAAGAUCUACAGCGAGGCCGCCUCACAGGUUAUCUACUCCCUUGGUGUUGGACAUGGCAUUGUUAUGGUCGCCUCGCACAAUCGGGUGGAGCAAAACGUCAUCAGGGACUCCAUUCUGCUGUGCCUGUUGGACGUGGUCACAUCUUUUUUCUGCAUGCAAGUUGUGUACAGCGUUAGGUUGUCCAUCUCACCUGACAAGAUCAAAGACAUCAAUGACAUCUCCGGUUUGGUCUUCAAGCUGUUCUCUUCCCUACUUGCUUACGAAAACACCUCCUUGUGGGCCUUCCUCUUCUUCUCCUUGAUCUUUGCCCUUGGAUUCGAUAGUCAGUUACUAAUGGUGUCGGGAGUGACGACGACCAUUUAUGACCAGUAUCCGAAGCUGCGUCCCUACCACUCCUUCGUCAUCGCCUUCACCUGCCUCGUCUUCUUCCUUCUCGGCCUCACCAUGUGCACAAAGAGUGGCAUCAUCAUCUUCAGUAUGAUGGACACCUACACCACCAGACACUCAAUGCUCUUCUUGACGCUGCUGGAGGUCAUCAUUACUAGUUAUUUGUUUGGAUAUCGGAAGGUACUCAACAUAAUGAAGGAUAAUCUCGGGUUGUGUCUUCCGCGGCCUAUUCGUUGGUAUCUCAUUGUCACCUGGACCUUUCUCACGCCUGUCUAUUUGGCAGUCACGUUUGGUUACUUUCUGUACGCCGAAGAGUGGAGGGGACCAAAGGAUAUAUAUUUCAUCUUUGGCCAAGUGAUUGCCUUCGGCCCGAUGGUGCUGGUGCCUGUCUUCGCCUUAUACGCCGCCUGCACCAAGGGGAAAAAUAAUGUCGACGAUCCAGUGAGAGAAAUCUAUCGAAGGGGUGACUUCAAGUCCACAAUAAUUAAUGCGACGCCUGUGAAUAAUUUGGCCUUUACGUUGGAUCCUGAACUCUCGAUAUAGAUGAAAGAGGUGAGUGGAGGAGGCGUGAGGUGAUGCAUUAAGUAAAAAGAGGGUAGUGGUGUAUUUUUAUGAAAUGUGUGUGUAUGUGCUAAGCUUUGAUUGUUCUUGCCGUACGCAUUUUUCUUAGAUACUUAAAUCUAGGCUAAUAAGGUUCUUUUUUUUUUUUUUUUUGUACAUGUUUAAAUAUUGAUGUUAUUGUUGUGGUUGGUAGUUAUCAGAAUUGUAACGUUUGUAUAGAUUUGUAUUGUUCUAUGUAAUCAUGUAUGGAUAAUGUAAAUAAUGUCCUCGCUGGUAGUAAUAGCAGUAGCAGCAGCAGCAGCAGCAAUACUAGUAACGAUAGAAGUAGAAGUGGCAGCACUAGCACUAGUAAUAACAUUGUGUGUUCAAUAAUAUUGCUCAUCAACACCAGAACAUAUGCGAUCACUUUUAAGUCAUAAAAAUAAAUGUGUAAUAUUUAUCAAAAGCAGAAUAGUUUUAUCAUCGUAAAUAGAGACUUUCACCUUUGACCUAAGCCCUGACCUGCGCACAUACCCAGCGGUACUCAGUGCGAGAAACAGGAAGCAGGAGUGGCGUGAAAGGGAAGUGUCAGUCAGUCACUCACUCACUCACGCAAUCACUCACUCAGUCGCUCAGUAACCAGCAGGGACAGGAUUCUCCAGCGUUUACGAGUCUUCAUCUUGACAGCUUUAAACUUUUGUCUACUAUUGCUUCAUGGAAUGUCGUGCAAGACUACUAAAAGACAAAUAGGAUCACUUAGUAUUUAAAGUGAACACUUCAAACCUCUUGGUGCCUACAGUUUUAUUUUAUGCUCAGUUAAAUGAAGUAAAGUGACUCAUAACGCAUCGUAUCAUCAUUUCUAGUCAGAGCUAACAAGAUACGAGUUUUCAAAGAUGGUUUCGUGAUAACUGAGAGAGUCCAGAGAAGAUAUCAAAAGUAUGUCACCUCCGUUUUCUGUUCACUAUUGUACUGAUUUUAAGGGUAACUACUCCUUAUUGUGACUACAGCACUGAGGGGUGGAAAUGCUAGUCCGUUGAUGAAAGGGAAGAAUGAAAGGCGUGUGUGUUUCUCGUUGAUGGAAAACUAUGUAACAGAGAGAGGGUGUCGUGAAUGCUUUUGAUUUAGUUAAUUAUUUCUUGAUUUUAUCUCUCUCUCUCUCUCUCUCUCUCUCUCUCUCUCUCUCUCUCUCUCUCUCUCUCUCUCUCUCUCUCUCUCUCUCGGUUUUUUUCCGUAUUUAUUUUAUUGUAAUUUUUUUUCUCACAUAAUAUUAUGUACAAUGAAAUUAUCCGUGUGUGUGUGUGUGUGUGUGUGUGUGUGUGUGUGUGUGUGUGUGUGUUUAAGUUCAAGCUCAAAUAGUUUAUUGUCAUGGAAAACUCACAAUGUAUAAACAUACAUAAAUGCAUAUUCUCUGGUAAGGUCCGCGGAGAAAACUCUUUGGCAGACCAAAUGACUAAGCGAGGUAAAACAUCUCUUUCAUCCAUGCGGAACUUAAUGGAAAAAAUUCAACAUUACACCCCUUCUUACAUACUCAGUAUAUACUUAAAACUGGGCGAUACAUUUUACACAAAAUUCUAACAUAAAUCCAUAUAUACACAAAUAUAUACAUACAUACAUACAUACAUACAUACACGCAUACAAAUACAUACAUAUGGAUACACACACAAACACAUACAUAUGCGCAUUUAAACACAUACACGUAUAUAGAUAGCAGCUCCCAUUCUUAUAUGUGUAAAUAUACACACAGUAUAUACCCAUUUACCAUUACAGUAUACAAUGUAGUAUAAAGUAUGUGCUUCCAUUUCAUGUGCUUGUUCAGCGAGAUUUUUUUUCCUUUUUGAUACUUAAAGGUUUAGGUCACGUUUUAUUUCAUUAAGUAUCAGUUCCAGAUGUCACUGGGUCAAAGCACAGAAGAAAAUUGCGAAAAAGAGUUGUUCUAUCAGGUUCACUUGGUUCCUUCUGGUAUUAUGAGCAUGAUCUUGUGCUGUAAAAAUGUUAUUAUUUUUUACACAAUUGAAUAUAGUAAUCAAAAUGAAGUAUUUAUGUAUAUGUGGAACUUGUGAUAAUCCUAGAGAUGAAAAUAAGAGUUUAUUUAUUUAUUUUUUAUUUAUCUAUUUAUUUAUUUAUUUAUUUAUUUUUAGGUAAAUACUCUUAAAAUAGCUCUUUGAGAUAUGAAGAUGCUGUUCAGGAAUGAUGGCCAAGUUGAACCCCAAACAGAUAUAUAUAUGGGAAAUUGGAUGAAAUCCGCAUUAUUACUUGCAUUAAUGAUGUCAUUUAUACAUAUUAAAAAUAAUAUAGAGGCUAAAAUUGAGCCUUGUGGAACACCAUGUUUGAUAGGUUUAUAAUCGGAAUAGGUGUCAUUACAAGAAGCAGACUGUUUACGAUUAGAGAAGUAGCUCUUUAACAGGUCAUUAGUACUGUUGAUCCCCUCAUUCCUAUAUUGUUUACUUUAUCAAAUAAGAUCUUAUGAUCUAACGAGUCAAAGGCUUUGGAUAUAUCUAAAAAGAUGCUUGCAACGUAUGAUUUUUUUAUUUUUUUAUCUAAUUUAGUAUAAACAGUGGAGACAAAAUAUGAAAGAGUAGAUUGAGUUGUGUGUGUGUGUGUGUGUGUGUGUGUGACUGCUGUUAUAUUGUAUCUAUAAUGACUUUUGCCCACUGUAAUGUUUCUUUGCUCGGUGUACGGUUGCCCCAAAGAAGUGAUGUCAUAUUGUGCAAAAUGCUUCAGACAAAAGACAAAUGAAAUAACUACAAUGAUGAAGAGGAAUAGGAUAAUCAAGAACAGACAACUAACUUCACCAAUCUGAGCACUAGUUCUUGGUCUAUGCGCCGCCCUUAGCAGACCUAGCACACAAGCAGGUGACUCGCCCCUGCCCGACUCCUUGUCCUUUGAGGCAGCUGUACAAAAAAAAAAAAAAAAACCAUGACAUAAUUUGUCUUUGUUUUCAUGUUUAUUUUAGUACCAUGUUCCUGAAGUAAUAAUUGUUGUAAUUGUGUUUGCAUUAGUUUAUGUAUUGUUAGUAGUAUUAGUAAUAGUAUUAGCAGCAGCAGCAAAAAUAUCAGUCAUUAGGGAUAUUAGCAUAUUUAUGUAUCCUAUUCAGCGUGUCCUUAGUUUUCUUUUUCUUUUUUUUUAAGGUUGGUAAAUGUAUUCUUGUGAUAUUGUACAAGAAAGACAGAGAGAAUGAUUUAUACAGUACCAUCAAUUGUGUAUACAUUGUUAUUAUUAUUAUUAUUAUUAUUAUUAUUAUUAUUAUUAUUAUUAUUAUUAUUAUUAUUAUUAUCAUUAUUAUCAUUUCUGUUGUUGAUAUUAUUUUGGAACAAAAGAU